CUCUCUCCUUCCAUCUACCAUUUCCUCAACCCAUCUCUUUUCUACAGACAACAAUGCUGGCCCGUCCAGGCCCUCGAAGGCGAUAUCCAGUCUCGCGAAAAGACCCUCUGAUGUGACCAGGCAGGGCACACAAAAGCUGAAAUUCGUGCCUACUCUACCGGCGAGGCGGAAAAAAGAGUAUGCGCGUUAAGCCGGAACCGACAGCAGAGGCUGUACCGCCUGCGCGUGGACGAGGGUAGAGGUAGAGGAGGAGGAGAUGCAGGUAGAGGACGGGGCGCUCCGAGGCAGCAGCUCGAGAUGACUGCUAGUGGUCCGUUCGCGCUGGGUCCUACUAUGGCUGGUAAUACCGCGACGCGGCGCCGCCCGGUGGCUAUCGCUGUCCCAUCGACACGACCAAGUACGAGCUCACUGUCUAGCACCCCUGCGCCUAGAAUCAAGAGCGAAGGCAAGGACAAGGACAAGGUCCCACAGGAUGACGAGGAGAACUACUCGGACCCCGACGAAGGCGUCGAGAUUGUCGAUAUGGAAAAUGUUAAGAACAUGGACUGGAUGGCUCCGGAGAGCUUGAAGAAGGUCAAGGGAGGCGUAAAGAAACCAAAGAAGGAGGAACAGCAAACAGAGGAAGUCGAUACAUCCAAUGCUCUCAACCUAAGCGAAAGCGAGGAAGAGGAAGAGCUCGAAGAUAUCAUCGAGGACUUUGCUCAGCGGGCUCCAGAGGAUCCGGACGAUUCUCUGCGCCAAGACAGGCUCUACUUUUUCCAGUUCCCCGAUCCCUUCCCUACGUUUACGCCUAAAGGAGAGGCUCCACCGCCAUCGUCACAGCCUGCAGACAAAAAGCGUCAGAGGUUCCAGCCCCCGCUGCUGAAGAGAACGGAGAAACCAGUCGUAGACGGGACGAUUGGUCGUUUGGAAAUUUAUCGGAGCGGUGCUGUCAAGAUGAGGCUUGCCAAUGGGAUUUUACUUGAUGUUAUGGCUGCGACACAGCCGUCGUUCCUUCAACACGCCGUCUCACUCGACAUGAAAGAAAAGAAGCUAAAUGUACUGGGAGAGGUGAAUAAGAGAUUUGUGGUCGCCCCGGAUGUAGAUGGGUUGCUAGAAGCAAUGGAGAGGGCAGAGAGGGAGCCACGGACGGUCCUCGAUGGGGAGGAGAGCUUGAUUACGAUGGAUACGACAUAGAGUAGUAGCUGUAUAUCUUCCGGGCCGGCACUUGAUAAUUUCAAUUUCAUCUCUUA